AUCAAUAGGCUGGUGCUGGGAUUGCCAUCCACUUCCUUUUACAGUAAGUAGAGGUGAAUUAAAGCUGUGGAACACCUGAUGAAUUUCCCCUUCCAUCCUAAUAUAAAAGCACUCAGGGCCAGCAUGGAGACUCACACAGACACAUCCAUUCUAAGGAGAAACACUCAUCAGACACCUCAAGGUAAGAAUAAAUCAUUCAGUUCAUUUAUAACUUUUGCAUGUUGAUACUAAUAAUGCACAUUUGUAUUUUGUUUGUCUAUGGUAUAUUAGUGAGAAUAAUACUUCUAUUUACACUGAAAUAGCACUAUUUCUGGUCACACAUGCUGUAGGGGACAUUAUUUAAACAGCAACAUGAGCACAAAAUUAAUACCAGUACUAUUUUCCAGGUCAGACUAUCAAAUCUAAAGAUGAAAACUUCCCUGAUGUGCAUCCUUGCCAUUUGUGCUUUGCUGGCCGGGAUCUGGGGCUCAGCCAGGGGACGCAGGCUCCAUCUGGGUUCCUGUACGCUGACGGUUCACACUCACGAGCUCAGGCAUCACUUCCAGCAGAUCCGCCACAAUAUGGUCACACAAGACAACCACAAGGGUGUGCGCUUGCUGAGGGGGGACAUGAUGAAGAGCUUGCAGGCUACAGAUAGCUGCUGCUUUCUUAGGCAACUCCUGCGCUUCUAUAUCGAGAAGGUCUUCAGCGGCUACACGAGCAGCCAGUUGCUCCACCAGAGAACCACCAGCGUUCUGGCCAACUCUUUUCUCAGCAUGACCAAGGACUUGCGAGCAUGUCACGCUCAGAUGCUCUGCCAGUGCAGCCAGGAAGCCAACCUGAAAUUUGAUGCCAUUCAAGAAACCUAUGACAAGCUGGAGGUGGGCCCUGCGUCGGUAAAGGCCAUAGGAGAGCUGGACUCUCUCCUGGAGUGGCUUGAGAGCUUCCACAGCAAAGACCACAAGCUCCAGCCUCACGAUGAUGACUCAAAAUAGGAUCCCCAUGGCGUCCACUUCAUUAUUCAGUGCUGAUUCAUUUAUAAGAGCUACAUGAAACUUUAAUUUAAUCUCAUAAUUAUCAUAUUUGUAGGAUUUAUAGGAUUUUCAUUUUUGGUGAAAAGCAUGUCAUAGUGUGAUUAUCAGACUGGAAUUAACUCGGUAGCGUUUUUGUUACUGACAGUACAGACCGCAUAUCUGCAACUUGUUUAACGUUAACAGUAGACCGCUGUAAAGGCGUCUCCUGAGGCUGUAUAAGCUAUGUCUUAAUAGUGUACAUGUUAAAUAUUUAAUGGUUGCUUUAUGCUGUUGUUGUGACAGCGUUAUUUCUGACUACAAUAAUGCCUGUGGCCUUUUAAUUUAUGUUUAUCUGCACUCAUGACUCGAAAGAGUUGUGCUGGAAUGUAGACCUUUGGGGUCAGUUUGUUUGAAUCAUGUUUAAAUUCAACUGUAACUUAAAAGAAAAUAAAUGUUUAUCAACCUCAGUCCUUGUGUGUGGUGUUUCCUAGUGUACGUGUACGCUUACUGCACCAAAUAUAAUUACUUUAAAUCUAGAGAUCCUGCUUCAAGAGCCCUUUCUAGGAGCGAGAGAAAGAAAAAGACACACAGCCAGAGGGACCAACUGAGAUAUAGACUCUAUGAGACUCUACUGGCCUCUGGUGGCUAAAGAUGGCAGGAGCCGUACUAAAGGUCAAAAAAGGGCUAAUUGCAUUUAAAUACAUUUAGAAGGGUUAUUUAAAACUGAAAACACCAGUAAAAUGUUACCAAGGAAAUAAAUAAUGAUACACUCAUUGCCCACUUUAUUAGGAGCACCUGUACACUUGGUCAUUCAUGCAAUCAUCCAAUCGGCCAAUCAGGUGGCAGCAGCACAAUGCAUAAACUCAUGCAGAUACAAAUCAAGAAUUUUGAGUAAUGUUCACAUCAAAUAUCAGUCGUCAGGUUCAGAUCGAACAUCCGUGACUUUAAUGGUGGCAUGUUUGUUGGGGCCAGAUGGGCUGGUUUGAGUAUUUUAGAAACUGCUGAUCUCCUGGGAUUUUCACGCACGACAUUCUCUAGAGUUUCCACAGAAUGGUGCAAAAAGCAAAAGUCCAUCGAGCAGCAGUUCUGCAGGCGGAAAUGCCUUGUUGGGCCACCUUUAGCCAGACUGAUUUGAGCCAGAAGGAUAUGGUAACUCAAAUAACCACUCUUUACAGUCAUGCUGAGCAGAAAUACAUCUCAGAACACAAGACAUGGUGAAUCUUGAGGUAGAUAAGCUACAGCAGCAGAAGACCACAUCAGGUUCCACUUCUGUCAGCCAAAAACAGUAAUCUGAGCUAUAGGCAGCACAGGUUCACUUAAAUUGGACGGUUGACGAUUGGGGAAAAAAAAAUGGUGUUUUUCCAAUCCUCAACUACAGUUUUGGUGAGCCUACACUCAGUUCUGCCCACAGUUCUGCUUUCCGGCUUUUUUUAUUUUUCGCACCACUCGAUGCAAAACCUAGACACUACAUUUUCACACCAUUCUGUUCAAAGUGCUGAAAUCCACAGAGCACAGCAGUUUCUAAAAUAGUCAAAUCAGCCCUUCUGGUACCAACCACUAUGCGACAGUUGAAGUCACUGAGAUCGCAUGUUUGAUGUUAAUAUUAACCGAAGCUCUUCACCUGUAUCUGCAUGAAUUUAUGCAUUGCGCUGCUGCCACAUGAUUGGCUGAUUGGAUAAUUGCAUAAAUGAGCAGAGCUGCAGGUGUUCCUAUUAAUGUGGUAGGUAUGUAUAAACUUGAACUAAAACUCUUCACUGUCACUGAAUAGCUGAUAAUAUGCAAACAAUACCAGUAACCUGCAAUUAAUUUACCAGAAUAAAUGACAUGUUUAGAUGGUGAUGUUCACAGCACAAUGUAUUACACAGUACAGCUUUGAAAGCUUUGAAAUCUUUGAUGACAUGGUCAGUAAAUCUCACAGCAGUCUUUGAAUGGUGUAUGCUCAUUGCCUUGGGUAUGAUGUGCACUAAUAAAUGGCACUGAUCCUAUUUUGCUGAAGGUGUGAAAACCCUGAGUGAAAUGUUUUUUUUUUUCUUUCAAAACCAUUUCCUGAAGUGAAAGUACUGAAUGUUCUUUGAAAGGCAUGAACAACUACAUCAUCAGUUCAUUAAUAAAACACAGAUCAGGCCUCUCCAUGAAUCCUAUACUCAAAUCCUAAAUCAUAAUGGGGCAUGCUAUUAUAGGAAAAUAAUCAACAACAGAGUAAUGUGAAGAACACAGUUUGCUAGAAUGUCUUUGUAUGCUUUAACAUUGAGAUUUCCCUUAACUUUAACUAAGAGCUAUAAACCUGUUCCAGCAUGACAGAGCCCCUGUGCACAAAGUGAGGUCCAGGAAGACACGGUUUGCCAAGGUUGGUGAGGAAGAACUCGAGUGGCCUGCAUAGAGCCCUGAUGAACAGGAACGCCAACUGUGUGUCACGCCUUCUCGUCCUACACCGGUGCCUGAGCUCUUAUGACUGAAUGGGCACAAAUCCCCAAGAGACAUGCUCCAAAAUCUAGUGGAAAGCCUUAGCAGAAGUGUGGAGGCUAUUAUAGCUGCAAAGAGGGGCCAACUCCAUAUUAAUGCCCAUUUGGCUUUGGAAUGGGAUAUUCAGGAAGUAUAUAGGGGUGUGAUUAUCAGGUAUCCACAUACUAUUGGCCAUAUAGUGUACUUUCGGUUUAGAGUAUGCCACUUCUCUCUGUCUCUUUCUUGCUUUUGAAUGUUUGAUGUUUGUUUUAUUCUUUUAAUGGUUUUGGUCAUUGGUCAAAUUUGCCUGCUCAGAAAACCCCAUCCUAAAGGCAUGCAUGUGCAUAAGCAGGGAGGGUAAAGGCUAGCACAAGCUUCCUCAAAGACAUAAAGCCAGCCACCAAAUCUUUUCUAGUGGCUAUCUACCCUCUUUCACAUACAUCAGUUCACAGACACCAAUGAUUUCCUAGUUUUUCUUUGAUUAACAAGUGCGAGAGUAAUGCCACCCUUCCUACCCAGGAUUCAAAUUCGAAAUCAUCUCCUGAUGAUAGGGCGAAUGCUUUUCUGUUGGAGUCAUUUGUACUUUUAUUUUACUUUCUUACUCUCAGGUAAACAUGACCAGGACAUAACCACUGAAAGUUUUUUUUUAAAAAGUGUUGCUAAGGAACUUGUUUAAGGUCUAACGAUCACAAUAUCCUUCAAAUAUUACAAUGAAUGAAUUAAUACAAUCCAACACUGCAUUUUAUAUCUAUGUUCAGUCGCCCCAGAGUUUUUCAACUUUAACAGGUUUCAUAAGAACUGCCAAAGUGAAAGUAGAGUCCUGAUUAAUAGACAGUAUGUGAAACAGAGUUUGAGUCAUUGCUUAAAAAAAAAAAAAAAGGCUUAAAAGUCAUUCUUUCACACUUAUUCCGAUGAAGUAGGCAAAAAAUAAUCAUAAGUGAUAAAAGCAGCAAAGAAAAAAAUGAGAUGAACCUUGCUGGCCUUGCAAAGAUUUUAUGAUUCACCCUAUCAACUUUGUAACUUUGCAUUUGGCAAAUGGAAAUUUGACGUGUUGUCAUGGAGUGGACUACAUUUAAAAUUGUGUGUGGUUAACACAAUCAUCGUCGGAAUCAAACUGAAAGAUAAGUUUUGUUUGGGGCUAAAAUGUGUUCGAUGCUAAUACUAUUCCAACAUUAUGUUGUUUUUUUAUAGCAAUAAUCGUUUUUUUUUUUUUUAUAGUUCUGUAAUUUUAUAUAACUGCACGUAGACCAAAAUAACAAAUGUAAUUUUGGUGAUGAGAAUAAAGAGCAAAGAGUAGCCAAAUAAAAAAAUAAUGAGCUUAAGUCCAAUAUCUUAUUGGAUUAAGUCCAAUAAGUCUGAUAUCUCUGAAGCAAGAGCUAUUGGUCAAAAAAAAAAAUUCUUUCAUGAGUUCAUAACUAAAGGAAAUGGGGAAAAAACAUAGAUUUACAUUUUUCAUGGCACCUAUCAU